CUCAUCACCUGGGUUCUAUAUUAGCGUGUUGUUUUCUUCUCGCAAAGUAAAUCAGCAAGUUACUCUACGAUGAAGCUUCUGCUACUGUGUUUAUGUGUUGCCGUGGCACAGGGCUCUCUCGCCCCACUCCGUAUGGCAAAGACCAGAGGUAUACCAGGUAGCUACCUUGUCACAGUUAAGGACGCGUCUCUCGUGGACCAAGUGGCCAAAGAAAUCGAGGACUCUUUUUCCAACAUGCGAGCCCCGAUUGGUCAAAUGAAGAGGUUCCGUCUAGCCUUGCCAGCUGUGUCUCUCCGUAUCCCAGCACAUCUUGUCAAUCUCAUCCGCUCCAUCGAUGGUAUCAAAUCCAUCGACCAACACAUGCUUGGAUGGACAGCUGCAAUGGUAACUCAGAAUCACCCAACAUGGGGCAUAGAUCGCAUUGACUCCAGAACUGACGGUGUCAAUAGUCAGUACACAUACGACGAUACCAAGAUUGGUGCAGGUGUAGGGAUAUAUUUCUUGGACACCGGCGUUCAAAUUGGACACAACGAGUUCCAAGGUCGAGCCCACGUCAUUUAUGGGAAAGAAGAUGACCAAGGGCAUGGUACUCACUGUGCUGGAACAGCAGCUGGCCAUGGCUACGGGAUAGCACGCAAAGCUAACGUGUUUAGUGCAAGGGUUUGUGAGCCAACUGGGUGCGCUACCAAUGACUUCAUCGAGGGUGCCGAAGCUAUUAUAAAGCAUGCCAAUGGAAACCCAGGUGUUGUUUCAAUCUCGCUGGUAUUUCCUGCCUGGCAAGGUAUCGAUGACGCUACGCAGAGUCUGCUGGAUCGUGGAUUGACUGUGUCCGUUUGCGCGGGAAACGAUAACUGGGACGCAUGUCAGUACUCACCACAGCGGGUCGAUGGGGUCUUCACCGUUGCAGCUUCUGACCAUUUGGACAGAAGAGCCGUAUUCUCCAACUACGGCUCUUGUGUUGAUAUCUUCGCACCUGGUGUGGACAUUAUCAGUGCUGGCUAUAGUACCGCUAGCGAUCACUUAGUUUCUUCUAUGUCCGGUACUUCCAUGGCGUGUCCCCAUGUUUCAGGUGUCGCUGCACAGUACAUUGGUGUCAACAGAUCCAUGACUAACAAACAAAUCAAGGAGAAAAUGCUGAUAGAUGCAACACCUAAGGUUAUCAGAGACUCAAAGAGUGACAACCUGUUUCUCUAUAAUGGCGCAGUGUAGAACAUCAAGAGUCAACAUCCAAUAUCACGUCCACCAUAAAUGCAACUAAUUGUUUUCAAAUUAUUCUUCGAAAUAAAAGAAGUUGGUUUUAAAGAUCCCGAACCAACAAACUGAAACGAGGUCACAGACUAAAAGUUUAGCCUUUUAAGCAAAAAUUCUAACAGACUUUGCGGUCCAUAACUUCAUUGAAGGAAACUUUAAUGGGAGACUUUUGGGACGCUUGGUGGCAGCAGACUUACCAGGUAAAUUCCAUUGUGUCCGGUAAACUGCGCAUGCUCAGAACUACGUAAACAAUGGUUAUUUACCUGGUGAGUCUGCUGUCAUCUAGCGUUCCCAAAGUCUCCAAUUGGGCGGGGUUGUUUCUGAUGGGUUAAUUUAUGUACCAACAAACUAACAUUCGGACCAUCUAAUCAAUACACACAUGACAUCGUGUGUUCGGCAUUAACUGUUUUCUGCAUGGCCCAGUAAAAUUUACUUUGCCUAAGCAUUACAUUGUUUGAUUAAGAACAUCUACAAAAAAUGCCAAUGCAAUAUAGUACGAAGAUAUGGGUGACUUGGACUUAACAUGAAAUAAGUUUAAUAGAUUGGGAGAAAAUUAAUGAUGUCCAUGAGAAAAAGAAAGAAAUAAACUAACAUGUCAUGUGUUGGUUCAAUGAGAAGCUUGAGUUUAGAGUUUAAUAAACGACUUAUCAAA